GACGCGACCUGAGCCGGUCGUCCCCUCAUUGUCGGCCGUCGCUCCCCCACAUCUCCGCGCUGGCUCGCUCGGGUCGUGUGCAGUACCUCGCGACUCGGUGGCCUUUCCUGUCUUUACAUACAGCUCUCGCCGCAUAAUGGAAACCAAAAAACAGCAAAAUACCGUCACUGACAUCUCGGAACAGCUGCCGCCAGCUCGCCGCCGUGACCUGUCAUUCUACAUCGUCCUCUUCGUGGCCGUGAUUCCCCUCUGGUCUGUGAUACCGCUCUCCUGGGCAUAUGUGAUCUACGCUCUUCGAUCGGGCAACAUCUGGACAUUCGCAUGGUGCGGGCGUGCGCUCUUUGCUGCCGCGCUCUGUGAGGUUUUCUUCAGUGUGUAUCACUACAAUCUCACCAGUUUCAUCACUGGCCCACAUUCUCUUCCGCCAAACAAGCUCAGCGAACUCCAGAAGGCUUUCACGCGUGUCCUGCAGUCGGGCUUGGCUGACUUGCCUGAAGAUGGCUUUGACGAGGAAUCGUUGGAUGUAGACCGGCCCGGCAGCCCAGCGGAGGAGAUUAUUACUCUUCAGUAUGACGAUCCUAGGGCAGCUGACUUUCGCAACAACCUCAGGACCUGGUUCAACAAGGCACCCUUCUCUGCGAUCCACAAGCAUGAGAUGUAUACGUGGUUAUACUGGUCGAUCUUCAACGCCGCUUACACCUCGUUUGACGACCUACCGCCCGCGCACCAGGUCGCUCUGAAAGAGGUCUGUCAGCUCCUUGAGGCACGCGCUGGGUGCAAAAUUCCAGAAGGCUCAAAUGCAUCCGUGCGGCCGCUCCUUCUCACUCUUGACCCUGUGAAUGUUGUCUGGCGACCGUUCUUCUGGUACGUUGGCAUCGCGAUCAGCAACUUCAUCUUGCGUAGGAGAUUAGCUGGGAAGUGGGGCGUGAAAUAUGGGACUUACCAUGGCCUAGAGUAUAUGCUCCGCGUCCCAGCAGCCUGGGAUCCUUUGACAGGCCCGCGUCCUGUAGUCUUCCUCCAUGGCCUUGGGCUUGGGGUGACACAGUAUAAUCGUUUCCUCAACAAACUCUUCUCCAUGGUGCCUGAUCACCCUGUCCUCGUGCCUCUUCAGCCGUACGUCAGCCAGCAAAUCUUCCAUCCACGCUAUCUUCGGCCGAUGGGCCGUCGUGAUAUGGCUAGGACGCUGGCGGGAUUGCUGGAUGUGCUCGGUUGGGCAAAGUGGGAGAAGGACGAACAGGAGGCAGUAACGAGCGGUGAGAAGGGAGAGGAAGUCCCCAUGGGCGUGACUAUGCUCAGUCAUUCUAAUGGGUCCUUUGCUCAUGCGUGGAUGCUCAAGCACCACCCAUCUAUGGUUACUCGGUCGUGCUUCAUCGACCCGGUCACCUUUUGCUCGUGGGAGGGUGAUCUUUGCUACAACUUUAUAUAUCGUCCUUGCACAACGGGCAUGGAGCUGGUCAUCAAGUACUUCGUCGGUUGUGAGCUUGGUGUCGCGAACUUCUUGCAGCGUCACUUCGACUGGUAUGCGAACUCGCUGUGGCACGAGGAGAUCCCGAAUGCGCGCGAUCCUUUCAAGACUAAAUUUUUCCUCGGUGGCAAAGACGUGAUUGUGAAUGCUGAGCGUGUGAAACGUUACCUCACGGCGCACGGCAUUCGCAAAGGCCUCUGGUACAACCCGAAUGGGCGUCACGGUCAGGCGAUGCUGUCUGGCACGCCAGGGCAGAAGGAGAUCUUUAAGUGGUUGCUCCAGACUGAGAAUGCUUCAUCAUGAUGGAUACGCUUCCAAGCUUGGAUUGACUAGGCAGCUGUUGAUCUUGUGCCAUGCGCGGCGCAUGAGAAAGGUUGCGCGCUUUGUAGAUGUUGCUAUCGUUGAUUUGCUAUCGCUAAUACCUGCUCGUAGAAUAUAUACUGCUAAUUCUUCCAUGUAGAAACUGCUAAUGCUCGGUCUUACAACAGCUGCAAGGUUGCAAUUCGCGGGGCUAAGUGUACUGGAAAGUGAAAACACAAGGUCCCCGACUUACGGAGUUGAAUAACCUUUCUACAAUGGUUAUUGCCGUCGAUCACCCUUGCUCGUCACGGAUGUCGAUUUUAUUGAAAAGUUUGGCUGCGGUCUCAUUAAGUUUAGUCGGACGAUCCUUGUAGUAUUUCUCCACAUUCUCGGUGUAAUAUCUCGCGACAUCCACGCUGACGGCUG